AUGGUAUGGUAACCAAAGAAGCGUCCCAACUCCCAAGCUCAUGCGUGCAAGACAUAAAGCGUUGGCUUAUCUUUUGAAAGUUGAAACCAUCAUCGUAUAUAAGCAUCUUUCAAAGCUCCAUUGCCAUCGAUGGGUGAAGGUCGAAAACAACUACUUAAAGGUUCAAACACGCCGCCAUACAAUCACGAGCAAGCCAAAGAUAAAGAUUAUCGGUGGGUGAUCAUGGAAGGUCAUGAUAAUGAUGAUGAUAAUAAUAAUAAUUAUGGCGGAUCAUCUGCAUCUAAUUCCCUCGAAGACUCCGUAGUUUCUCUUGGAUCAAUAUCAUCCUCAGACAUGGUGGAUGAUGCAUCUUCAACAUCAAAUUCAUGUUCUUCAUCCUCACAUUCAAGUGUUAGUGGACCUUUGUAUGAAUUGUCAGAGCUCAUGGCCCAACUACCCAUCAAGAGAUCAGGACUUUCCAAGUACUUUGAAGGCAAGUCUCAGUCUUUUACAUCUCUUUCGAGCGUGAUGAGAAUAGAAGACCUUGCAAAGAAGGAAAUUCCCUGUAGAAGAAAAAUAAAAGCAUGUAAGAGCUAUGGAGGUGGCUUGGAUAACCACAAACAAUACACCCUGCCGAAGGCAACCAUUUCUAAGAAGGCAUCUAGAGGUUCAUUGUCAUCUUCGUCUUUUUCAGGCAGGAGAGGAAGUUUCUUGGGUAUUAGUAGGCCCCCUCCAAUCCCCGCACAGAAGAUCAACUUUCGAUCUAUAUAAAUACCAUGAUCAUCUGGUGAACAAGCAUUUUUUUUCUUUCAAGUGGAGGUUUUUUUAGGCUAAGGAGCAAUGUAUUCAGGGAAAGAAAAACUCAUGUUGUACAAAAAAAAAUAAUGAUUAUUUUUUUUUGCGGCUUA